CAACCUCCACUUCCAUUACAACCGACCUGGCCAGCCGUCACGUAUGCCUUCAUCUUCUCCGGGGUAGACCUCCGCGUCUGUGCCCUCUCCCCAGGAAGGAAAAAAAGUGGCAGGCUCGGAGUGAGCAUGUUGGAAAACGGCAGGAAGGUGUUCAAGGAAGGCGUGCUGGAGAAGAGGAGCGACGGCCUGCUCCAGCUGUGGAAGAAGAAGCUGUGCGUCCUGACCGAGGAAGGCGUGCUGCUGCUGCCGCCCAAGCAGCACGAUCAUCACCUCCAGCAGCAGCAGCAGCAACCGCCGCAACACAACCAUCACCACCACCGCGGAGAAGACGCGGGCAAAGUCAAGGAGCUCCACUUCGCCAACAUGAAGACCGUGGACUGCGUGGAGCGCAAGGGCAAGUACGUCUACUUCACCGUGGUCAUGUCCGAGGGGAAGGAGAUCGACUUCAGGUGCCCGCAGGACGAGGGCUGGAACGCGGAGAUCACCCUGCAGAUGGUCCAGUACAAGAACCGCCAGGCCAUUCUUGCGGUUAAGUCCACCCGGCAGAAGCAGCAGCUGCUCGUCGUGCACAUGCCCGGACAGAGCCACAAGACCUUGCGGAGCUCUCCGAACGUUGCGUGACCUGCCCGGCAAGUCAGGCGGACAUUCAUACGCCGUUUGCGGUUAAUUGGACACUGGGCGAUAAAUAUCGACUUCCCACCCACCAUAGUCGCAUCAACACCAGGACAAGACCACCCCACCCACCCAUGUUGCCAUGGAACCCCUCACGGACUUCCUCCCCUAAAGACUCAUGGACUAACUAAAAAGCAUGUGAGAAAACAAAGUGCGGUGGACUGUUCAGUUAUUUAUUAGACAUGUAUAUAUUUUUUUCUAUGAGUGUGUGCAAUGCGAUUUCUGUUAUUGGAAAAAAGCCUUUAUUUGUACUGUGGUUGUCUUAUUAGCAGGUAUGUCGUCAUCAUCGAACCAAAGAUUCAUUUUCAGACGCAAUUUUACUUGUUUAAAUGAAUGGGAUAAUUAGCCACGGUAGCCUGAAUGGGAGUCUUAAAUCUGAUGUUCGCUAAUGAACUGACGAGUAUUAUGUUCAAGCUACGGGGGUUGAGUGGUGGUCGGGGUGCUGUGAGGAGCUGAUAGAACGCCGCCAUUUUGUUGAUUAACAUCCGUCACAUCCAAUAUGGCUGCGUUCGUCCACGAGCAGGUAGCAUGUUAGCUCAACUGACGAAACGCCCCUUCACAAGAGUCAAACGCGAAAUGUGAGUUCAGUUAACUCUUUUCAUAUACGUAAACAAUUUCAUAUUUAUCGUUGUUUGUAGCGUUAGCCUGGCGCUAACUAACUUCCUUGUGUGUUUAGCACCUCGCUAGCGCUUGUCCCAUCAUUAUCAUCAUACCAACACCGUCCCCGACAAAUUUGUGUUUUAUCUGUUUUUAAAUUACUAAUAUAUUAUGACACACGUUUUAUAUUUUUUUUCCUCAAGACUAUUUGAGGACUCUGUGCUUAUAUUUCAAACAAGUGCAGUUAUUUUAGGUGCCUGAAUGAAGGGUUUAUAAAUUGCUCGCUGUGGCAUUUAAAAAUAUUACUAAUAUACUCAUUUGAAAUCUUACAACUACAAAUGAGCUUACGAUUUGGCACGGUGACUCAUUGUCCCAUUGUUAUGAUAGUUUUCAAUUAAUUAUAUUCCACCGGUAGCGCAGGAGACAUUUUUAAAUAUACCCUACUCACAUUUAUUUUUGUGACCUAAAAUUGUAUCUACAGCUUGAAUUUGUAUAAAUAAUCAUAUUAUGAAUCUAUACGAGUCUAGCUGUUUUACCCGGUUGUGAGCCUCGCCUCGGCCGUUUUUGAUUAAAAACUUAGUUUUAAAGCUCAGUCUCCUUAACAGCCCACAACUGCCAGUUAGUUCAAAACAAUUUCGAAACCCUUGUGCAAGGCAUUAACCCUUAUUCAAGUUAUUUAGGGAUGUGUGUCAUAAUUGGCAGCAAUUUCAAACGGUCUUACUUCACAAGGCGGCUGGCUAUGUGUUGAUUUCCUAGUUGAUCAUGGGAACCAUACAGCGGCCAAAUUAACACAUGCCUCAGCGUUGUUGUCAUCUCUCUCACGCGGGGUAACAGCUCUGCCCUUUAUCUCGCCUUCGCUGCACCCCACUGACCUGCCUCUCUGCUCCCGUCCAUUUUCUUUUACUUCCAAAUAUAUUUUCAUACCUCCAAAUGAUACAUUCCAUUAAAAAAAAAUAUGAAGAGGUAAA